AUAUCAUUUUCAUAGCCACAUGUUUGCCUAUACAACACGACGAUUUCGGGAAGUUAAGCCUCGGUCUCGGUUUCGGCACAGGCAUCCCUGCAAUUUUGGUCCUUGUCAUUUUUGGCGCUUACUUGAUAGCUAGACGAGGGAACAAACGUAAUAAACGAAACGCAAAUAACUCAUUCAGCCCUGAUGACAUUGAACAACCGCGCGCCGUCGUCCUUACCAACGAUGAAGGACGAAAACCACUACAAUUUCAACGAACACAUCUACAUGCAGGGAUGAAUUUCGUCCCCAAUGGCAUUCACCAACCGAGCAUUGAGCCAGAGUAUGUCGAGCUCAGCAGCUGCAUUCCACCUGGUGAAUUUAAGAUGUUCUUCGGCAAAAUAAGAAUUGGUAUUGACCUAUAUGCCGAAGACACUAUAACUCGUGUCACAAUCGAAAACCCAUUUAAAAUCAAAGAACAGUGUUACCAGUUGUUGAUGGAGUGGGGACGUCUGCAGCGAAGGGACGUUGAUUUGUCGGACGUUGAGUGGUCUAUGGAGCUUUGUCGACUUCUUAAAAGUGAUAUUGAUGCGUUAGAAGAUUUGCUGAAUGAUACAAAACAAAACCUGUUUGACGUUCUAGACAGGCGCUUAGAUGGCUUUGGGCAACAUUUACCGAGAAAUGGAGGAACUGAUCAUUGAUGUUGUUAACUGUCAAUAUGCAGGAUAAUUGUUGUUGUUUUAUGUUAUGACCUGUUGAAGACUCGGGUCAUCAGUGCUUUUGAGAGAUGAAUAAAAGGAUAAACUAUUUAAAGUCUGUACUCACAAACUCGCUCUUCAGUGCAGUUUCUUUCCUUCUGACGCAACUGAAUGUUCUAUUUGUUGUAUAAGACUUUAAACUAUGUUACAACAAGAAAACAAGAAAACAAUCUUCAGAAUUUGCUUUCAAUUUUGAUAAACUGACCGACACAUUUUCUUAAUAAAAAAAAUAAUGUUGUAGAUUGUAUAAUAGGCUGAAUAAUAAAUCAUUAUAUAAUUCAGAAUAUAUUAUUUUCACAACAAGUGUGUAUUUAUUCAGUCUUUGGUCUGAGCAUAUCUGAAGAAAACAGGGCGCAGCAUUUGUUUCAGAUGAUGUUUACAUAUUGGGAAUGUUAAUAAUUGUAUUUGCACAUAAUCAGCUCGAAGAUUCUAAAAGUGCAUUAAACACAAGCAAUGCAGUUAUAAAAUCUAUCUUUGUUGGAAACCAGAUGCUUUUAAAACCAUCGUCAAUCAAAAGCUACAUAAUUAUACAAACAUGAAUUUAUAAAACAAACAAUAAAGCUCAAUAAAAAGGGAAAUAUGAUCAUUUGCUCAUAUUUCAUAUUGCCGGUAUGUGAUUUAAAACGCGGAUUUACCCAAUGCGGUACAAUUUUACUUAAAAUAGUGUUGUAUGUUUAUUUAAAAGACUUAUUGUAUUGUAUUCCGGUCAUUUGUACGUUAGUUUGAAAUGAUUAAUUGUUAAACCGAUAUUAUGUGGGACGUUUUAUUUAUAUAUUUAUAUUGUUGUUAAUGCCUACAUGAGCUAUAUAGUACAAAUAGCGUUGAUUAUUAUACAAUAUGAAUUAUGUGUGCAUGAUUCCUUGUGAUUAUUUAUUAUUGAGGAUAAAUGCUAAUUAUAAUAUUGCGUGUCGUAUAUUUCAAAUUACGUGCAAUGUGGUGCUUUUUUCAUUUUAUUCCACAAGAAGCCUGGCUUUCACAUCCAUAAUGUUUCUGUACCGUAUAGUAGUAGUAUGGAACCCGGUGAACCAUGAUUUGUUCGAAUAAUUAAUUAUUUAAAUGGUAAAUUGUUAUACCGAUAUAAAUGGAACGUUUUAUUAAUAUAUUGUUUAUGUAUAUUGUUGUUAAGGCCUACAUGAGCUAUAUAGUACAGAUAGCGUUAAUUACUAUUCAAUAUGAAUUAUUUGUUCAGUAUUCAUUUUGCCUACGUGAGCUUUAUAGUACAAAUAGCGUUAAUUACUAUUAAAUAUGAAUUAUUUGUUCAGUAUUUAUUGUAUUGUGCCUACGUGAGCUUUAUAGUACAAAUAGCGUUUAUUACUAUUCAAUAUGAAUUAUGUGUUCAGUAUUCCUUGUACCUACAUGAGCUAUAUAGCACAAAUAGCUUUUAUUACUAUCCAAUUUAAAUUAUUUGUUCAGUAUUCCUUGUGCCUACAUGAGCUAUAUAGUACAACUAGCGUUAAUUACUAUUCACUGUGAAUUAUUUGUUCAGUAUUUAUUGUGCCUACGUGAGCUUUUUAGUACAAAUAGCGUUAAUUACUAUUCAAAAUGAAUUAUUUGUUCAGUAUUCAUUGUGUCUACAUGAGCUAUAUAGCACAAUUAGCUUUUAUUACUAUUCAAUGUGAAUUAUUUGUUCAGUAUUCCUUGUGCCUACAUGAGCUAUAUAGUACAAAUAGCGUUUAUUUCUAUUCAAUGUAAAUUAUUUGUUCAUUGUGAUUAUUGAUUAUUGAGGAUAAAUGAUACAUUUAAUAUUGCAUGUCGUAUAUUUCAAAGUAGGUGCAAUGUGGUGCUUUUUUCAUUUUAUUUCACGAAAAGCAUGGCUUUCACAUACAUAAUGUUUCUGUACCAUAUAGUAGUAGUAUGGAACCCGGUGAACCAUGAUUUGUUCGAAUAAUAAAUUCGUUUGAUAAAGUUGCGAAAUGCCAAA